UUUCAUUUGAGAAAAGAAACACAGGCGUUAACUGUGUGUAUUUACUAAAAGAUAAUACUUGGAUUUUCAUCCAAAUAUUCCAAGUUUAUUUCAAAAUUAAGCGUCGACCGAGAAAGCCCGAAACGAGAUAAUACACUAAUUAGUUCGCAAUUCAAUUGAAUUCACGAUGGCUUGUCGCUGCAAGUACUUUAUCAAAAUACUGAACAAAUGCUGCUUCUGCUUCUCGCUGCGCACAGGCACGCUGCUAUUGGGCUGCAUAUUCCUGACCUGGUUCGUCUACCUGUGCCUGGGCAGUGCCUUCAUGAUGGAGUGCAUCUUCCCCAACGAAUACCAGCGGGAGACAGUAGGUCCCCCGGCAGCGCCAAAGACUACCAUGGUCUUUUCGUUCUUCGGUAUCAUUGCAUCCGCAAUGGUCUGCAUGGGUGUGCACAAUAAUAAUGAGCUGCUAUUCGUACCGUUUUUGGUGCUAACUCCGAUCUAUAUUUUUGUCCACGUACUGGCCAUGAUCAUCUACAACUUUGUCUGGGUCAUUAUUGCCCUCUUUAUUAUCACAAUAUUUGUAUUAAUCUACGCAUGGAUUAUAAUCUAUUCGUACUUCUCGGAACUGCGCUAUGCCUACGAUGAUGAGCUACCCCAUACGUAUAUCUGAAAAUUCAAUAACUAAAUUCUUCCGUCGGUGCGGCUUUCCUUUCUGGUAUGGUUUUGAUGUAAUACAAAUUAAGCGUGUGAACCUACAGACAGUUAACUAUCAGAAGUAAAACAGAUAGAUA